AUGUAUGACGUCAGUGGUGAAGUCAUCACCAACAUGGAAAUUUACAAUCUAUAUAUGCUUGAGAAUAUCAGCAGGUUAAUCCAUAUCUCUUUUUCUCUUACUUUUCUGGAGACGAAAAUGCAAACAUCAGCUGCGUCAGCAAUAGUUUCAGGAGCUAUAGCUGUUCUAUUGUGGUGGAUAUGGAAAACUCUAAAGUGGGUUUGGUUUAAACCAAAGAUGCUUGAAAGUUACCUGAGAAGACAGGGCAUUGCCGGAACUCCUUACACGCCACUCGUCGGAGAUAUGCGAACGAACAAUAGCAUGACAAACGAGGCAAGGUCCAAACCCAUCAAACUAACGGAUGAUAUCAUCCCACGUGUCUUGCCUUUCUCCUCCCACAUGCUCAAGACUUACGGAAGAACUUUCUUUACAUGGCGUGGAACUAUACCAACCAUUACCAUUACGGAUCCUGAGCAAAUCAAGGAAGUGUUCAACAAAGUUUAUGAUUUCCCAAAACCACAUACAUUCCCUUUGAGCAACCUUAUAGUCAGUGGACUCUUUAGUUAUGAUGGUGAUAAAUGGUCAAAACACAGAAGAAUCAUCAACCCUGCUUUCCACCUUCAGAAGAUUAAGAAUAUGGUACCUGUGUUCCAUCAGAGCUGCAACGAGGUUAUUGACAAAUGGGACAGGAUAGUCUCGGACAAAGGGUCAUCUUGUGAGGUGGACGUUUGGCCUGGACUUAUGAGUAUAACAGAAGAUGUGAUCUCUCGUACUGCUUUUGGCAGCAGCUAUAAAGAUGGACAGAGGAUAUUUGAGCUCCAAACAGAACUAGCACAGCUCAUCAUCCAAGCUUUUAGUAAAUCUUACAUCCCUGGAUAUAGAUAUCUCCCAACAAAGGACAAUAGAAGGAUUAAAGCAGCAGCCAAAGAAACUCAUGAUAUACUGAAAGGGCUCGUUAACAAAAGGUUACGGGCAAGAGAGGCUGGGGAAGCACCAAAUGAAGAUUUGUUAGGUAUACUUCUUGAAUCGAAUUUAGGGCAAGCUAAAGGAAAUGGAAUGAGCGUUGACGAUGUGAUAGAGGAGUGCAAGCUGUUCUACUUUGCCGGGCAAGAGACAACUUCAGUACUGCUAGUUUGGACAAUGAUUCUGCUAAGCCAACACCAAGACUGGCAGGUUCGUGCACGAGAAGAAGUGAAGCAAGUGUUUGGUGAUAAAGAACCUGAUACAGAAGGGCUUAACCAUCUCAAAACUAUGACAAUGAUAAUUAAUGAAGUCCUUAGGUUAUAUCCUCCAGUAACUCAGCUGAGUCGAACCAUUCACAAAGAAAUGAAGCUAGGCGACCUGACGCUACCAGGUGGCGUUCACAUCAGUCUGCCUAUUAUGCUAGUCCAACACGAUACCCAGCUAUGGGGUAACGAUGCAGCAGAGUUCAAGCCGGAGAGAUUCAAAGAUGGUGUCUCAAAGGCAACAAAGAGCCAAGUCUCCUUCUUUCCCUUUGCUUGGGGACCAAGGAUCUGCAUUGGCCAAAAUUUUGCCUUAUUAGAGGCAAAGAUGGCAAUGGCAUUGAUUCUACAGAGAUUCUCCUUUGAGCUUUCUCCUUCCUAUGUCCAUGCUCCUUACACAGUCUUCACCCUUCACCCAGAGUAUGGUGCUCAUCUCAUCCUCCACAAGCUAUAGUUCCAUACCAGAGCAGUAAAAGUAGAACUCAAACUCAAAGGCUCUGCUCACCAGAUCUUUCCUGGCUAUUAAAUAAUGUUCAAUUCCAUUAUAACUUUAUGAUGAUGAUGAUGAUGAUAAUAAAAAAAAAAAAAAAAAAAAAAAAAAAACUUUAUGAUAAUAUCAACCGUUUCAUGCAUUCAAAGUUUCUACAUAAAUCAUAUAUAUAAUGAGCCACUUUACUCUUUCCUAAAGGCAUCCACGUCAGAUUUUUAUAAAUGAUUGUGGGACCCACAGAUAUUUUUUUUAAAUUAUUUUUACGAGGUUUAAUGUUUGUUUGUUAUUUCUGAUAGUUUUGUGGGCUUUUAUGGAUACUUUGUAGUGGGCCAUAUAUAAAAUUCGAAUUGUCUCUACAGAAAGCAUAUUAGUCGCCUUAUGUUCCAUCAAAACGACACACCUCACACACGCAUACGUAACUUUUAUACUUCCCAAAUUAAAUCGAUAAUCUGUUCAUCUUCCUCUGUUGCUACAUCUCCCAGUUCUGUCCUAUAUAUAUAUAGUUCAUCGGGCCGUAUAUCUCAUAUCUUCCCAGAGUUUUUUGAACCGUCGCAGAUUUCAUCUCAGCCUCGAAAUGUCAUCCUUUCGUCAUCUGUUUUUCAUCCCUAAACAACUAUUGAUGACUUCCUGACGGCUGCUCCCGUGAUCAAUCUUCAGAAAUUCAUGGUUAGGAAGUUUGACCAUCUCCAAGCUCUUGCAAAGACAAAGACGAACUUAGAAUCCCUGGUAAUAUUAAAGUAUUUUUUAAGAUUGUCCCACCCACAUAACUAUUCCACCACCAUCGAUUUGUAUUUGGUUUCUGAUCCGUUUUGGCAGUAAUGUAUGUUAAUUUUUAAGAAACCAAUGAUUUGAUUUGUCUUUUUCAAAAAAAAAAGAAAAAGAAACCAAUGAUUUGUUCUUCAGUGCUCUGGUUACAAAUUACUAACCCUGGGAGGACUUCAAUGAUUUGUUGGUACAUUCAGUUACUUAGAAUCCGAGGGGACAGAGCUUACUUAUGGUUCUUUUGAUCAAAAGGUGCGUGAUUGGAACUCUGAACCUCGCACUCAUAUAUAUGAUUUAACAAUAAUUAAUCUGAGUUUCUCUGCAACUGAUUACUGAUGCAAUGAGAUUUCAAGUGGUCUAUCUGCAAUAGGUUACAAGUAUAUCAAUUAAGUAUAACAAAUAAGACUCUUUGGUGUUUGUUACUUUGUUUUACUUUUUUUUUUGAGCAACACUUUAUUUUACUUAUCUCUAUGUUUUCUAAUAUUUGUGUACUGUUUUCUCUGUGUUUAUAUAUGAUUUUUGGGGUGAACUUAAGAUUCUCAGGUUAUAGAAACAUCCAAAGGAAACCUGUUAGUGAAUUGGUUGAUCAUAUGGAAACAUCGAAGUCAAAGGAGGAAACAAACGACUUGGUAGCAACCAGGGAGAUCUCAUUACAGGACAAGUCCCAUACAGAUAUGCAAACAGCUGUUCCUUCUGCAGCAAAGGAAUGAAAUCUAUAGAAGUUACUACUCUAGAAGAUGAGUACGACAAAAAAAUUAAUUCAUGGGUCCAAGAAAAACAAAAGCCAGCGAGGAAAGGGGGGAGUCACUGAAGCAGCUGCAGCAAGCAACUCAAGAGGCUGAUGAAGCGAGAUCAUUCUGAACUUGCUUGUGAAGAGCUGCGAAAGUUUCAAGAAGAAGAAGAGGAAGAAGAGGCUGGACCAAGUACCAUGGAGAGCAGUUUGUUUGCAGCUUAGAAAGAAGAUGAUGCUGCUAAAACUUCAAAGAGGUAGGCAUUAUAUGUCGUUAAGGUUUUCAACAUCGAACAUGCUUUGAAGGAAAACAAUGUUGAUUAAAAAAAAAAAAAAAACAAUGUUGAUUGUCCGUUAAGCCAAA